AUGACUGAAAAUACGGCUGAAAACAUGACGGAAGAAAAGAAGGAGGAGAAGAAUGAGACUCCUCCUGACGCUUUGACGUUGGUGAGACGAGCUGGAAUGUUCAUGGUUGGAUUGACAUUAUUGCAGACGCUUUACCUUGGUUUGAAUGCUUCUAGAUACACAAUCAAGAGAUUCAAGAUUCCUGAUGAGAAUGUUGAUUUAUUCAUCACAAAGGUCAACAAUUCUCUUCAAAUCUCCUGUUUUAUAGGAACUAUACUCAUAAACAUCUAUUUCUGGACUUGUAAGAAUCUUCAAAAGUACAACUACAAAAUAUCAGUUGUUACAAACUUCCUUUGUUUUGCAGCCUACUUACCUCUUCUACACUCAUUCACGAGCGGAGGUCCUCAAGGACAUUUGACCUAUUACUACUAUAUGAUAACGUUCUCUUCCUUCAUCUACGGUGUGAAUCAGGCGUUUAUGCUGAAUAUAGGGGUCCCUGAAAUAACCUAUUACAGCGCCUCUAUUCCCCUUGGAGGUUUGGAAGCAGCAGGAUUUCAUCUCAUAUUCCUCAGCAUUGCAGAAAGGAUUAAUGUGAGCAAUAUAGACCAUAGUAUUGUUGUUGGUCAGAUUUUACUUUCCAUUGUCAUGUCCUUCAUCACUUUCCUGUUAUGUGCAUAUGGAUAUUGGAGUGGUCCUGCACAGAAUAGUGAUAAUACCCAGAAUGCAAGUGGUGCUAGUACUAAUACUAACACUACCAACAGUAAUGAGACUAAUAGCCAAACGCAAGGAAAUGCAAAAACAUCACCACCGUUAAAUGAGAUGUUUAAUGCAUGGUCCCCGAUUUUAAUGACUGCUCUUGGGUUGGGUAUAAUUUAUGGUAUAUACCCUGCUAUUAUGCCAUUUAAACUGGCAAGAUUGGAAAGUGCAUAUAGACUUGAUUUGAUCUUCAUGAUAUCUAGUGCGUUCCCUGGCAUAAUUCUCUGUAUAAUAUCUGAAUGCACAACCUGGGGACCAAAUCGCAAUUGGAAGAAGGACGCAAACUGGAACUAUACCUGGUUUUUGGCGAUCCCAUUUGUGAUACUCCCGGUCAUUUUCAUACUCCCACUUCACUAUCCAUAUCUGUCAAUAUCAAUGCUAAUAAGAAACAACAUCUGGUUUCAUGGAUUCCUGGGUUUCAUAUAUCUCUAUUGUCACCUCAUUUUGGUCACUGUUGGAUACUCUGCUGCAGGUACCCAAGUAGAUUUUGAUAAGCAAUACUAUGAUGGAAAUGCAUCGGCUUUUAACACACUUUUCGCCUAUUUUUGGUUAAUCACAAUAUCGCUAAUUGGACACGGUUACCUCAAGACUUACUCAAAAUAUGAGAAAGAUCCAGACAACUGGCCUACCAGACACUAUGGAUUCUGGAAAUCGCUAUGGUUUUGGAUUCCAAAGGCACUUGGUGGAGCAUGCACUAGUCUAUGGGCUACGUUCUCUGCGGAUGUGAGAGGGGAUAUCUUAUGCAAAAAGGAGCAUCUAUUUAUUGUAUAUGAAGAUGCUCCUCCUGACUAUGAAUAAGCUU